CCGCGUCAUAUCUUCCAACACAUCCGCCGCUCGGUGGCCGGCUCCCAGCCGCCUCAGGCCCCGCUCCUCCCUAAUCCGUUAUCCGCUAAUCACCAUCACCGUCCCCCGGUGGAAACAAACGCGGCUCCGCUUCGGCUGCGAGCGGAAGGAGCCGCUAAAACCUUCCCAUCCUCACCAGGAGAACCGGGACUUUCUUCUUCUUUUUUUUAAUUAUAGCUUGGUUUAGAUGAGGUGAAGCCUGAGGCGCGGCAGCUGUGGUGAUGGUGUUGGACUCAGGUGAAGUCUUCAUGGAUCAGGUCGAUGGUGAAAACACCAGGGAUAGUUUGGAGCGAGAUGUCCGUCCAGAUCCCACAAAAACUGACAGACCUCAAGCCAAACGGAGCAGUGCCACCAAGAGGGAGAAGGUGUCGCAGAACGGGAUGCCUAGCCUGACGGGUGGGGGGCAGGGGGUGGAGAGGAGAGCCAGGGCACCGCUCCAUCGCCCCCUCAGUAUGGAGGUGACACCGCAGCGUCUGAGAGGGUCCCAGGAAGUGGCUGACCGGAGGGUCCAGCAGCCCCCCUGGCGCAGUGGCUCAGCCGCUCCCUCGCCGCCGACGCGCAGCCUUACAAGCCCAAGCCUUAAAGCGGGCGGUUGGAUGCGGCGCAGUGAAAGCACCUGCUCUGUCAACUACCCCUUGGGUCUGCGGGCCGGCAGGGGGCAGAUGCGACCCGCUACCUCCCUGCCUCACAUAGCUAAAGGAUCUGUGGGGUCUGCGCUUAGCUCGCCAGCCCGUCCUUGUCUGCUAGUCGCCCUGAGACCUCUGAACCUGGAGCAGGAGAAACAGACGUUUUUCCAGUCCGACUACAAGUACGAGCCUCAGUUUGAGUACGCCCAACCAGAGCCAAGGAGCGUGCUGGACAAAUACAGAGAGGGUUCAGGCCUCUUCCUGGAGCAGGCGGUGGGAAUCAUGGAGUGCGUCCUGAGGAAGUUUGGCACUUAUGAGAACUUUGAGGAGGUGACAGGUGGCAACGUUCUGCCGAAGAGCCAGGUCUGGGCUGCGGUACGCAAAUACCUGCAAAAGGAGGGCUGUGUUGGGGAGGUGGUGGUGCGUCUCUCUGACGAGCUGCUGUCUCAGGCAGUCAUGGUGGUGGAGAGCUGCCGUCCCACUCUGACCAUUAACCUGGCCGGGGCUCGUCAGCACUGGCUGGAGGGGAUGCUGAGGCAUGAGAUCGGCACACAUUACCUGCGAGGAGUGAACAACAACCUGCAGCCGUGGGCCUCCUCCGAAGGCAGGAAGCAGUUCGGUCUGAAACCGGUUAACCCCACAGAGGAGGGCCUGGCCAGCCUGCACAGCGUUCUGCUAAGGAAGCAGCCGUACCUGUGGCGAGCGGCGUUGCUCUACUACACAGUGUACCAUGCCUCCAGUAUGAGCUUUAGCCAGCUCUUCAGCCACAUAUCACGCUUUGUCCAAAACCCGGACGUCCGCUGGGAGUACUGUCUACGAGCCAAGAGGGGACAGACGGACACCUCUCAGCCUGGCUGCUUCAGUAAGGAUCAGGUCUACCUGGAUGGGAUAUUGCGGAUUCUUAGGCAUCGAAGGAAUAUCGACUUUAAGAUGUUGACGUCCUUAGGAAAGGUGUCUUUUGAAGACGUUGAGAGGCUCCGCCCUCAUGCGGCGCUGAAUCGAACCAGGAUCCCGCACUUCAUGCGUGAUCAGGUGCGUUACCUGCAGCACCUGGACCACAUUGUGGCAGUGAAUGAGAUAGACAAUCCAACGCUGGAGCAGCUUCUUCCCUGAUCAGGGUGUUGGUACAGACUUGUUUCAUCUGGUGCCCUGAUUCUUACUGAAAUAUCUGAUCUUAAUGACGCUUUAUCUUAAAAAUGUCACUGUCGCUUUUAUAAAACUUGAAUGAUUUGAACACAAAAGGGAAGAACACACUGACACCUCUUUGUUUUCAAUCUGAUGCAUGUUUGUGUUGCUUUUUCACACAGAUCUGUGUACUUUAACUGCGCCCCCCCCCCCUAUGAAAAUACCUCAGUAUAAU